AUGUUCUAUGCCCAUGCACUUUUGAGUAAGCGGGCGCCAUUGGCCAAAGUAUGGCUGGCAGCUCACUGGGAGAAGAAGCUCACCAAGGAUCAAGUAUUCAAAUGUAAUAUACAGAAAGCCAUUGGAAAAAUUAUUUCACAGAAGGUGAAGUUUGCACUUCGAACUUCGGGACAUCUUCUUUUGGGAGUUGUUCGAAUCUAUAAGAGGAAAGUGAAGUAUCUUUUGGAAGAUUGCAGUGAAGCAAUUGUUAAAAUGAAUAAGACAUUUUCCCCAGGACUGAUUGACCUCUCAAAGGGGGAAUUAGAAGCAUCUUACACUGCUAUCACACUUGAAGAAGAAUUUUAUGAUUUUGACACUGAUAACAUAAAUACUAUCGAUGCAUCUGAACACUUUACUCCAAACCAAAGUAGACCGGAGGAAAUUACACUUAAAGAAGAUUAUGGUAAGGUUCUACCUUUGGAAGCACAGAAUUUUGGGGAAGGAUCUCAGAUUCACAGAGGACAGAGCUUUGUGGAAGGGAAUACAUUGCUGAGCUGCAGUGUCCCUUUAUCAGAACAUAGUACUGGAAACCUCACUGGAGAAAAGUCUUUGAUGUGUAACAAUAGGGAUGGAUUUGGAGAUGAAGGAGCUUCUGAAACAAUGACAGCAAAACCAGAUUAUUCAGAUGGAGCGUGUUUCAAUUCAGAUGACAUAUGCUUCCCAGAGAUUGAAAAGAAGGAUGCAACAACCUUAACAACUAAGCAGGAACAUUUCAUUCUUCAUCCAAUUGGUAUUUCAGGCACUUCUGAGAAAAGGAAAAGAAAAAAGAGGAGAUUGCUCAUAGAUCCAGUUAAGGAGCUCAGUAACCAGAGUAUGUUUGAACAGCUUAUUUCCAUUGAAGACACUCUCAAGCCUAUAGAAUUUGCACCACCCACACGAAAAUUAAUGUUGUUGAAGGAGAGGGACCAAGCCAGUACACUUUUAUCGACACCAAGCCAGUAUUUGGUUUCUGAUAAGUUGAAGAAGGAGUUUGGAUCAGAGGGCUUUGGGAUCCCACAGAGUUUCUACCCCUUGGGAGUGGACCCAGCUGGGUUACUCACAGGGUCUGUAGCUGGUGGUGUACUUGACCACAGAGCCUGUGCUGUGGCAGCCAUGAUGGAGCUAGCGGGUUAUCAGUUGGAGGGUCUGGGUGUUGGCAGGGUUGGCGAGCCCCCACAGGGAUCCCACCGGAGCUGCAAGGACGGGCUAACUUUGGGAGCGCACCCUGUUGUGCAGACUUCUGGCAAAUAUACCUCUGUGAUGGAAGAACCAAAUCCCCAGGAACACUUAAAUCAACCAGGAAUUUGGAAGCAUGUGACUACUGUACCAAAGGGUCUCUCUCCUAAGAAUACCAAGGAACACAACAAGAUGGGAAUAUGGUCCUUUAGUCUGAAGGAGCUGUGCAAAAACUGCAACCCAAAACAAGUCGCUGCCACGUUUAAUAGCUUGUUGUUCCUCAAAAAGAAACAGCCUAUGGAGUUUGGAAAGAUUUGA